AAGACAUAUGUGUUAUAAUAAAGGAUUGGAAGCCACAGAGCUGUUCACAAGGAAGCUGGUCUAUCUCCUGGGAAAUAUACCACAGCUUAUGCUGAGCAGAUGACGAGGCAUAGAAAAAGAGUUCAAGAAAAGUCCUCCCUGCCCUCAACCAAGAGACGACGUUUGAUGCUUAAACAAGAGCGAGCGGUCACCCAAGGUGCUAAUGAAGCAUUGGAGGGAGCUUCAUAUCAGUCAGGUAUUGGGCUUACUGUUGAUGCUGAUGUAGAACACUUACCAGAAGCAGUGCCUCAAGGAAACUUCAAACCUGUGCCUGCAGGGGAAAAUACUACCUUCAUCGUUUUUGACUUGGAGACAACUGACUUGGUGCGUGGAGGGAAAUAUCCACAUAUCACACAAAUUGCUGCAUCAGUCGUGGGAUCGGUGUCAGAGUUUUCUGCUUACGUUUAUCCAAAGGUGCCAAUUGCUUCCACUGCACAGCAGAUAACCGGGAUAAUUGUCAACAAUAGUGGGACAAUGACAGUCCAUGGUCAACAGGUUCAUGCAGAAGAUCUUUAUUCUUCCAUUGAUAAAUUCUGCAAAUGGCUCAAGAAAUAUCCUAGUGUGUAUUUGAUUGCCCACAAUGGACGAAAAUUUGAUUUUCCUGUGUUAAUGAAUGCAAUGAUGAACAUAAAACGUGAGGCAGAAUUUCUUGACUGUGUAACAGGGUGUAUAGACAGUCUCAAUGUAUUCAAGAAGGCCUUCACCUCCCAGUCUUACAAGCAAGAAGAUUUGGCCAGGACAAUUUUAAACACUACAUAUGAUGCCCACAAUGCUAUGGAGGAUGUGAAGGUCCUAGGCAAGCUCAUUUCCCACACAAGAUUUGAUGCUACCAAAAUGUGUAUUCACAGUUUCCCACCAUCAGCUGUUAUCAAUCAAAUAAAGUACAACAGAGAAAAAGCAAAGAACGUCACAUCUUUGCACUUGCUUGUUGGUAAAGGAAUCCUUAAAAUGAGUACAGCAGAGAAGGUGGCUGGCUCUGGACUAAAUCUGGGUCACUUGAAGAAAAUAUAUGAACGUGAAGGAGAGGAUGGGCUCAGGAACAUAUUUUCCUGUAAAAAUCGUGAAGGUCAACCACGAGUUACAAACAUCAAGAAAACCCUUGAGGAAAUAAUGCCCAAAUUAGGGCAGUUUUUUUCUAGUUGUGAUUCUUAAUUGUGUUAGAUGAACAAAACCUUGUCAAUUUAUGCUACGUUCGACUAAAAUCCUUUAUAGAAAAUAAGUCAAAGUCAUGUCUUUUUUUAAGAUCUCUGUAGCAUGCAGAUAAAAUUUCAUGAAAAUUAUGAGUACUGGUAUAUAGUAAAGAUAAGACAAUGCAUGAUAUAAGUGCCGAAAAAACAAAGGUUGUAUCUACUGUUUCAUUGUUUUUAUGUUUGUCAAGGUCACGCCACCUUUAUUUUUAGCUCAAACUUGUAAACAACAUUCAACUGGAGCAUGCAAAAAUUCUACAUUUGUCA